AUCGUCACUUUCAUUUUCAUUUUGACAUUCAAAGAUAUCAUGUACUUUAUCGAAACAAACUUGAUAUAAUAUACUUUCUGAAACUGGCGGAAAGACCUACUAUUUAAAAAUAAAUACAUUAGUGAAGAGGAUCCAAAUACAAGUGAUCAAAUCAAUUACUAUAUUAUCAUUGGAUCAAAGGCAACUAAAAUACAAAUUUUUCAAAUAAUAUGAGUGAUGAAAGAUUGCCCGAAGAAAUAUCUCAGAGUGACACUCAAGCCGAAACACAUAAAGAAGAAAAUCAAAAGGAAAGAGCAGACAGUGUGAAAUGUGACAAAGUUAAAGUGGAUAUUUUGUUGAAGGCAACAGGAAAUGCACCAAUAAUGAAGAAAAAGAAGUGGUCAGUGGAUGCUGAAAAGCCCGUAGGCUGGGUAAUGGAGUUUGUGAAAAAAUAUCUUAAGUUGGAACCUGAAGAAAAAUUGUUCCUGUACGUCAACCAAACAUUUGCCCCGUCACCUGAUCAGAUAAUCAAAAACUUAUUUGAAUGUUUUGGUACAGAUGGGAAGUUGGUAUUGCAUUAUUGUAAGAGUCAGGCUUGGGGAUGAUUAUGACCUGUAAGAAGUACGAAGUAAAUAAUGGUGCCAGUACUUUUAAACACUUAAAUAAAGAAUAUGAUAUAUAUAGCGUGGCGCUAAAAUGGCGACAUUAAACGGCCGUUUUCAAUAACCUAUCUAUCCUUAAUUUAACUUACUAGAGGUAGACAAAUCUAUCCUUUUACACUUACUUACCUUUCAAUAACCUGUCGAUAGAUAGCAUGGGACUAUAACUAAUAACAAACUAUAUAGGUACUGGACAUAACUAUGGAUAGAUAAGAUCUUGUCAUUCAACGGUGAUAGCCAUCUAUCCGUAUCUAGAGAUACGUUACUGAAAACGGCCGUAAAUGAACACACGGAUAGAGCUAUCUAACUUUAAUCGUUAACAUUAAUUCUAAAAUUAUAGUAAAUUAUUGAAAUUUCUAAUACUAAAAAUUUUUCAAACAAAAUAAUUAAAUACCUACAUAUUUGCGAACAAAAAUUAAUAAGGUCUCACUAAGUAGGUGCAGUGCCUACGCUUGUGCAGCUAAUAGACUUUCUUACAGGUUGUUCCAAAAUAAUAUUAUGGAAAAUUUAUUUGUUUAGGUGACAUUAUGUUAACAGCCGUGAGUUACUUACCGAGCCUACCCGUGUGUUAAUUUAAUGACGCCAUUGAAGCGACACACUGUAUAUGAAAUUGUCUAGAAUUAAUAAGAUAUAGUUUAGCUUUGAAAUUUAUUGGCUUCAUUUCAUGAGAGUAAUGGACUCUCAGCUUUUGAAAAACAAGUGAUUACAGUUUAAACAAAAGUGACACAUAUUGUAUAAUUUUUGUUCUUUUUUUAAUACUGUAUACAGUAUAUUUUAGUAAAUGCUUAACCAAAUACAUUAGAAUACAAUUUGGUAUUUUUAAAGUGAUACUUCUGGGAUUAAUUAAAUUAAAUUUGUAACCAAAAUUUAAGAACCAUGCGGGAUUCGAACCCGCGACGCGAUUUGAAAGAGCGACAUCUCAAGUCAAUAUCCUAAUAUGCACUCAUUGCGGUUGAGCAGGUUCAUAAAUUAUGGUUACAAAAUUAAUUUAAAUAAUCCCAGAAGUGAGGGAUAUCACUUUAAAAAUACCAAAUUGUAUUGUAAUGUAUUUGGUUAAGCAUUUACUAUAAUAUACUGUAUACAGUAUUAAAAAAAAUUGUACUGUAAUUUGAAACUGAUUUACUUAAUUUUAUGUAUCACAAGUGACCCACCAUAUGUUAAUAUAAAUAAUUCAUUAUAAUAUGCUUACAAAUUUGUACUUUUUGUAGGAAAUUAUUUUUUUAUAUACACAUUGUUACCCCCUGAUAAAUGAGCUUUCUAGUCUUACUUUGCAUAUCAGCUCAGAAGACGGUUCAAGUGUAUCUGGAAUAAACGAAUAGUCAUGUUUAUACUAUAUAUAUAAUUCAUUUACUGAAUGUUAGUAGCUCUAAUGCUCAGAAACAGCUUAAAUUUUUAUUUAUUAAUUUGUUUGCAUCAAUAGUGGUUAAGCAUAAUGGAAAAUUAAAUAAAAUAAAAAAAAAUCAAAAAUGGAUUUACUAUAUUUUGGUUGGGAUUGGGAUAAGAUUAGAGCAUUUGGUUAUCUGUUAAUAAGUUGAUUUUUUAUUCAAGUACUCUCUUUCAACACCAGUUUACAUUUACUCUCCUACUCUUAGGAAGGUGGAUGUGCUAUUUGAAAGUAGUCAUUUAGAAUUGUUUUGGAAACACUGCUCAUGCAAAGUUUGGUGGUAUGUGGUAUAAAGUUCUUUGAAAACCAUAUGGUGCAGCAUCAUUACACAUUAAUAUAAUAGGUAAUAAUAAUUAAAGCCUUUUAUUCCGAACAUCAUGUUGUCAUCAUCAACAGCAAGAAUUUCAAACAUGGGGAUCUUAUUAAUACUUGGGUUAAUAUGUCUCUUAGGUCGGUGUGCCUUGCGCCAUAGGACUUCAACAAUUUAUACUGUUUUUUAUCUGCCGCCAAUCUUAGCCAAAGGGGACUUUAGGUCAUUUUCAGCUCGUCUUCCCAUCUUCUCACUCUUCGAUCUAGGCUCCUAUGCUCAUCAUUUUGGGUACCAGGCUGUUUGCUACAUUUUUCUUGCUGACAAUGGAGCAAAUGACCAGUCUAUCCCAAUUUCAGUUGAUAACCUACCGUACCUAAUAAGGUGUCUGUAAAUUUUAUGCCGGAUGUCUACAUAUGACACAUCUAUCUAGAUUCAUAGUUAAUUUUAUGGUGUGCAGUAGAAUUGGACGCCAGGGAUCAUGUCAAACAACAGAUGUGUCGCUUACGCUUGUACUUUUCCCGCGGCUGUCACUGAAUUUGCCGGUUUGGAAUAUAGUCUUAUCAUAGAUAUAUUGCGUUUAGACAACCUGACAGACCGAUAAUGUCGUGACCAAUUUUGAUUUGUCAGUGUGUUAGCUUGUUAUUAUUCAAAUUACUAAGGAGCUGAUUCCAAGCACAUGUUUACGAUUUUUCAAUCAAAAUCAAGUCAAAAAUUACGGUAACUAUAGAUUCGCUUUCCUUUUCUAUCUUCCUGUGUUUUUUGUCUAUAGUCUAUACAACGCUAUUCUACGCUAGAAUGUUUUUUUUUUUAAUUUUAAUUAUUUUUUAUUAUUCUGUUAUGUUAAAGAACAUGAUGCGUUGAACGGACGAAUAACAUCUGUAUGGGGUGGAAACGUAGACGAUACGAGCUUCGCAACCAUAUGUAUUAUACGUCAAAAUUAGUUCUCUGGGCGCUCGCGAGUGGCGCUUCAAAUAGGCACAAAAAAUUUGCUGACAAACAUAGGGAACUGUCAGCCUGUCAGUGAAGUUAAUAUUUAUGUAUUAAUUCUAAGAACUAGACAUAAAUGUUGCCACACCGCGCUUUAUAUAAUUGGUAUCUUAUUAUAAUGAAAGAAAAUUAUCUAAAUAAAAAUCAAUGUUGUAAAAAUUAUAUUAAGUAAUAAAAAAGACAUUCAAAGUACAAAAA